UUUUGAUCAAAAUGAUCAACAACCUGUGCCUGACACUCUACCUAUAGAAGAGGACCUACCAACUGAGCAAGAAGCUUUACAAUCUAUAUCUAUACAAUCUUACAAGACUGAAGAUACAGAUGAUACUCAAGAUCCAUAA